CAGUCUUGGAACUUUCGAAGUAAUCUAAUCCUACACAAACUCUAACAAUGAUUAAUUAGGGCACUAUGUUAUUAUAUUGCCUAAUAUCUAUCUCAUCUCUCUAUUAUUACAAUAUAAAUAGAGCAUCUUCAAGAGUCGAUCAAUAUAUAGCCUACAUAAACCCUAGCUAGCUAUGUGUAAUAACAUCACAGAGGAGGGCGACGUCGUCGUCGUUCAGCCCCAAGGGAGAAGAGAUGCAAGCCGUUACCACGACGGAAUACGAGUUCCGUACCACGGAGGUGCCGUCAUGGAAGGACCAGUUGACCGUCAGGUCAAUGGUCGCCAGCCUCGCCCUCAGCGUCGUCUUCAACUUCAUCGUCUGCAAACUCAACCUCACCACCGGCGUCAUCCCCUCCCUCAACGUCGCCGCCGGCCUGCUCGCCUUCACCAUGAUCAAGUCCUGGACCGCCCUCCUCACCAAGGCCGGAAUCCUCCACCCGCCAGGAGAACACGGUGGUGCAGACGUGCGUGGUGGCGUCCUCCGGCAUCGCCUUCAGCAGCGGCACCGCCAGUUACAUGCUCGUUGGGACAGCGUUCCUGUUCGCCGUCAGCUUCGUCGGACUCUUCUCCAUCGUCCUCUUCCGGAAGCUGAUGUACUUGAAGUUCAAACUCACAUACCCCAGCGGCACCGCCACGGCGUACCUCAUAAUUAAACAGCUUCCACACCCCGAAAGGCGCCGUCUUGGCCAAGAAACAAGUCUCCACCCUGUUCAAAUCCUCCUCCUUCAGCUUCCUCUUCGCCGGCUUCCAAUGGUUCUUCGCCGGCGGCGACGACUGCGGCUUUUCCAGCUUUCCCACGUUCGGGCUCAAAGCAUACGCCAAAAGAUUCUAUUUUGACUUCUCCUCCACCUACGUCGGCGUCGGAAUGCUCUGUCCGUACAUGGUCAACGUCUCCUUACUCAUCGGCGCCGUUAUUUCGUGGGGGAUUUUGUGGCCGUGGAUCGAGACCAAGAAAGGGGUGUGGUACGCCGCCGACCUCCCGGCGUCCAGCCUUCACGGCAUCCAAGGCUACCGCGUCUUCCUCGCUAUUUCAAUGAUGCUCGGAGAUGGGCUCUUCCACUUCGUCUAUAUGACCAUAACCACCGUUCUCAGCCUUCUUCUUCGUCACUAUAAGAAUCAAGAAACAGGGGAAGAAGAAGGUAAAGAAGAUUAUGACGAAAAGAAAAGGACGGAAUUUUUCUUGAAAGACUCAAUACCGAAUUGAAGUGGGUGGGGCUGGGGCUGGCCGAAUAUUUCGGGCUGGCGGUUAUCUCCGUCGUCGUCGUUCCGCUAAUUUUCCGGCCAUUAAAAUGGUACCAUAUUAUAGUAGUGUAUGCCAUCGCCCCUGUUCUUGCCUUCUGGCUUCUGCAACGCUUAUGGGUGUGGAUUGACGGAUUGGUCCCUGGCGUCGAACUACAGGAAGGUGGCGAUCUUGAUUUUCAGUUCUUGGAUCGGGCUGAACAACGGCGGCGUCCUGGCCGGCCUGGCCGCCUGCGGCGUCAUGAUGAGCAUCGUCUCCACCGCCUCCGACCUGAUGCAGGAUUUCAAGACGGGCUACCUCACUCUGGCUUCUCCGAGGGCGAUGUUCUUCAGCCAAGUGAUCGGAACCGGAAUGGGCUGCCUUAUAACGCCGCUGGUUUUUUGGAUCUUCUACAAGGCGUACCCGCUCGGAGAUCCGGACGGGUCGUACCCGGCGCCGUACGCGCUGAUGUACCGCGGGAUUGCUCUGCUCGGGGUGGAGGGGUUUGGGUCUUUGCCGAGGAAUUGCCUGGGGCUCGCCGUCGGCUGCUUUUUCGCCGCCGUCGCCAUUAACGGGCUAGUGGAGUUGCUGAAGAAGUAUGAGAGGAAAUACAGGGUGUACCGGUUCGUGCCGAAUCCGAUGUGUAUGGCUAUCCCGUUUUACCUUGGAGGGUACUUCGCCAUUGAUAUGUGCAUUGGAAGUUUGAUUCGGUUCUUGUGGCGGAGGGCGGACGCGCAGAAAGCUAAAGACUUCGGGCCUGCCGUCGCGUCGGGGCUCGUCUGCGGGGAAUCUUUGUGGGGGAUUCCGGCGGCUGUGCUGGCUUUGGUCAACGUCAAAGCCCCCUUGUGCAUGAAGUUUGUCUCGUCGUCAUCUUAAUUACCAGUGCUUCGAUCUUUUUAUUUUUAGUAUUUUUGUUGUUACUAAAUUCUAUAGGAUUAGCUAGCCAAGUAGCUUCAAUUUGAUCUUGCUUGUAAUUCUUAAAUUAAAUGGAGUGUUU